AUGGCUCUAUUCAAAGAAAUAUUUACCCUGUUUCUAUUCCUAUCUCAUGCACUCGGGCUUGUCCACGAUUCUAGGCAGGUCUCGGUGGCUUGUGCGCAAUCUUGCCAAGAGCUUGCAGAGACUUUUGGUGACAGAUUACACUACUAUGGCAACGACAGUUUCAUCAUUUGGGAUGUCAAACAGUUGGAAGUCGAGUAUGCCUGCCGGGUUGAGCCUGGCUCAACCGAGGAAGUGGCAGCAGUCCUCAAGACUGUAGUGGAUAAUUCGUGCAACUUUGCUGUCAAGGGCGGCGGCCAUUCGCGAUUCCCCAACGAUUCAAACUCUGUUGGUGGCGUCACCAUUGACCUCGACCUGCUCAAUUCCAUUGAAUUAUCAGAAGAUCAGACCACGGUCACUGUCGGUGGUGGAGCAAACCAUCUCCAGAUUUAUCAGGCACUCGAUCCCUACGGCUUGGCUCAUAUCGGCGGCCGCGUAGGUAGUGUCGGCUUGGGAGGCUAUACUCUUGGAGGAGGCACGUCGAUACUCAGCGCCAAAUAUGGAUGGGCGUUAGACAAUGUCUACGAAUACGAGGUCGUCCUUGCAAACUCGACCAUCGUGACCGCAUCAGAAACUCAAAACCCCGAUUUGUAUUUCGCCCUUCGCGGAGGUGGCAGCAACUUUGGCAUCGUAACCCACUUUACACUUGCAGUCUACCAGCAAGGCCCUAUAUUUACGGGUUCUCGAACUUACAACAAGGACUAUAACCAGACUCUGCUCCAAGAAUUCUACAACGUCUUUGAUGAAGAAGAUGUCGACGGCGAAGUCGGACUGGAAUACACUUACGCAUACAAUCAAACUUCCGACGAUUACCAGUUUUCUGUUGUCCAGCGAUACUCGGCCAACGUUUCUCAGACUAAUGUCUUUUCUGCCAUGGACAGAAUACCGGCGUUAACAAGCUCUGAUUACAAUGGCAAUAUCAGUGGCUCAUUGCCUAGCAAUUAUCCCUUGGGUGUAACAAGGAAUGUUUUUGCAACCAUUACACACUUUCCCUCCCUCGAGCUGACCAACCGUGCCCUUGCAAUUUACCAAGCGGGCGUGCAACCUGUCAAGAACGUGACUAGCCUGAAUGCAAGAUGGAUAACCUACUCUAUCCCGGCUGCGGCGAUUCAAGCAAUGAAGCUGCGUGGUGGCAACGCCCUUGGCAUCGACGUCGAGGGACACUUGCUUAUCAACCUCUUAACCAUGGGUUGGACCGAAGCUGCCGAUGAUGAGAGAAUGUACGCUUUUGCAGAUUAUUUCAUCACCGAGUUCCAACAGGCCGCAGUCGAGCUUGGCGCAAGCCAUCCGUACUUGUACAUGAAUUAUGCCAACAAAGGACAAGACAUUUUUGGCGGAUACGGACAGGACAUCAAGGACAGGUUGACAUUUAUCCAAAAAGACGUUGACCCAAAUGGUGUGUUUCGCUCGACUGGCUUGUGGACAGGAUACAUCAAACUCUUGUAA